AUGGCUUAUCCCUAUGAUUCCCUCUUGCCACAGGUUACAAGACCAAGAACCAUCUCUCCCCUGCCUCCCUCUGCUCCUGGAGAAGAAGCCAAAGAUGAGGAAGUUGAGCAAGUCAAAUGGAAGCGUCCAGCUGUGGUCACACCACAGGCUGUUCAUUCCAAGAGAGUUACAAGACCAAGAACCAUCUCUCCCCUGCCUCCCUCUGCUCCUGGAGAAGAAGCCAAAGAUGAGGAAGUUGAGCAAGUCAAAUGGAAGCGUCCAGCUGUGGUCACACCACAGGCUGUUCAUUCCAAGAGAAACAUCAAGGCAGAGCCACAAGCAGAGCUGCCCGAAGCUCAGAGUGACAUCAUGGCAUUGAAGAGAAAGAACAAGGAUGACAUGAGAAGAGUUCAAGAGGAGAAUCUCAAUCAGCAGAGGGGCGAUCAACAGAACCAGGCAGAGCUGCAGGAUUCGGAGGCUAGCAACAAGGUAAGGGAGAAGAGGCUGGAGGAAGAAAUUAAAAUCAUCAGAGAUAAAGCUAAUCGCCUCUCUCAGUCUCUACAAAAGCAAGUGGCCAUAAAGAAAAUAAAUCUUCAAGGACUGCAGAGGAAGCAACUAACAGUUAAUGAAAUCAUGAUCAUGAAGAGGAAUAGGAGUCCCAGUGUUGUGAAUUAUUUAGACAGCUAUCUUCUGGGUGAGGAACUCUGGCUGGUUUUAGAGUACAUGGACGGAGGCGCCCUGAGUGAUGUCAUCAGUGAGACCUUCCUGUCUGAAGAGCAGAUGGCACCCAUCAGUCGGGAGUGCCUGCGAGGACUGGAUUUUCUUCACUCGAACCACAUCAUCCACCGAGAUGUGAAGAGCGACAACAUCCUUCUCAGAACAGACGGCUCUGUCAAGCUAGCUGAUUUUGGCCUCUCUACUCAGCUCACCCCUGAGCAGAAUAGACGGUGCACGUUAGCCGGGACUCCUUGGUGGAUGGCGCCUGAAGUGGUGACAGGUCAACCAUAUGGCCCCAAAGUGGACAUAUGGUCUUUUGGAAUUGUGGGAAUUGAAAUGGUAGAACGAGAACCUCCUUACUGCAACCAAAGUCCUGCCUCGGCUCAACGCCUUAUAGCCACAGUAGGGACCCCAAAGCUGCGACAUCCCAAGCUCCUCUCAGCUUUGCUGCGUGACUUCCUGAGCUGCUGCCUUCAGAAAGAUGAGGAGGAGCGCUGGUCUGCCAUGGAGCUCCUGCAGGUUACAAGACCAAGAACCAUCUCUCCCCUGCCUCCCUCUGCUCCUGGAGAAGAAGCCAAAGAUGAGGAAGUUGAGCAAGUCAAAUGGAAGCGUCCAGCUGUGGUGACACCACAGGCUGUUCAUUCCAAGAGAGUUACAAGACCAAGAACCAUCUCUCCCCUGCCUCCCUCUGCUCCUGGAGAAGAAGCCAAAGAUGAGGAAGUUGAGCAAGUCAAAUGGAAGCGUCCAGCUGUGGUGACACCACAGGCUGUUCAUUCCAAGAGAAACAUCAAGGCAGAGCCACAAGCAGAGCUGCCCGAAGCUCAGAGUGACAUCAUGGCAUUGAAGAGAAAGAACAAGGAUGACAUGAGAAGAGUUCAAGAGGAGAAUCUCAAUCAGCAGAGGGGCGAUCAACAGAACCAGGCAGAGCUGCAGGAUUCGGAGGCUAGCAACAAGGUAAGGGAGAAGAGGCUGGAGGAAGAAAUUAAAAUCAUCAGAGAUAAAGCUAAUCGCCUCUCUCAGUCUCUACAAAAGCAAUCGGUGACUCCUGGCUGA